GCCGUCGCUGCCGCCGCCGCCGCUGCAGCCGCUGCGCGUUCGGCGGGGGAGGAGCCGGAGGCGGAGAAGAAGGCGGUGGUGGCGGGUGGAGGAUCGAUCGCUGUUCUCGCCCUGGAGCCGCUGCACAUUUCGGAAUCAUUUGCAGCUUAUUCACUGUGUACGUAAAAACCAAAUAACACCCAUAAUUCUACUGAACUGGAAGCAUAGACGCCGCCAUACAUGUCGCAGAACACUGAAAAAGAGCCAUCAGUAAUGGAUCAAGAAUCCAACAAGGCUGCUUGGCCUAAACCAGCAGGAGGAUAUCAGACUAUUACAGGCAGGAGAUAUGGAAGAAGACACGCAUAUGUCAGUUUUAAGCCAUGUAUGACCAGGCAUGAGAGAAGCUUAGGUCGGGCUGGUGAUGACUAUGAAGUAUUGGAACUAGAUGAUGUUCCAAAGGAACACUCCUCAGGUUCCAAUUCAUUGGAUCAAGUCCAUCCUUCUUUACCCAAUGGAUCUACAUUUGAAAAAAGUGAAACAGAGAUUCCUGCUUAUGGUCCAGCACUGAGUCAAACCACUGAGAUCAGACCAUGCUUUGCCACAGGAUAUCCUAGUGAGGGACUUAGGGAGACCUUAGAAAGCAACACGAGUCUUCAUGACCACACGGAGACACAGUCUGCCCCAGCAGGUUGCCAUGUCUCAAGUGCCCAAAGUGGAAUUGUGUUGGUUCAUACUGACUCUUACGAUCCAGACAGCAAACAUGAUGAGAGCGACUCUCUUCAGGAAGUAUUAGGCAGCACAGUAUUUGAGCUGGAAAGUGGAGAGGCAGAGGUGUACACUGAUCUUUCACCAUCCGUUCCCUCUCUCAACUGUGAAAUAAGUGAUGAGUUUGAAGAACUAGAUUCAGCACCUUUAGAGAAGCACUGUUCUGGUGAUGUUGAGCUUGUCCGUCAGAAUGGGCAGGGACCUCAGAGGUCCUCUGAAGAUGGCAUUGUUAGAGAGAGGCAACAGGAGGAUGCCGAUCAGGGAAGACAGACAGAAAAUUCAACUGAAGAUGCAGACUGUGUUCCAGAACAUAUUUGUAGUGAACAAAAUACUAGUGAUAGAGCCAACCACCAUGGAAGUUCUCCUGAUCAGGUAGUAAGGCCCAAAGUUAGAAAAGUGAUAAGUUCAAGCCAGGUGGACCAAGAAACAGGUUUUAAUAGGCAUGAGGCCAAACAAAGAAGUGUUCAGCGAUGGAGAGAGGCAUUAGAAGUUGAGGAAUGUAGUUCAGAUGACCCUAUAAUAAAGUGUGAGGAGUAUGAUGGAGAACAUGAGUGCAUGUUUUUGAUUCCACCCUACUCAAGAGUUACACAAAGGGAAACAGAGCAUAAUCGUGGAACCUCCGAAAACGGAGCCACAGCUUCAGAAAGGCAAGAAGCUCGCGACAAUUCCUUUUGGAAUGGCUGUGGAGAUUAUUACCAACUCUAUGACAAAGAUGAAGACAGUUCAGAAUGCAGCGAUGGGGAAUGGUCUGCUUCUCUGCCUCACCGAUUUUCUGGCACAGAAAAAGAUCAGUCCUCAAGCGAUGAGAGCUGGGAAACUCUGCCAGGAAAAGAUGAGAAUGAGCCCGAGCUACAGAGUGAUAGCAGUGGCCCUGAGGAAGAAAACCAAGAGCUGUCUCUUCAGGAAGGGGAACAGACAUCCUUGGAAGAGGGAGAAAUUCCCUGGUUACAGUACAAUGAAGUCAACGAAAGCAGCAGUGAUGAAGGAAAUGAGCCUGCAAAUGAGUUUGCACAACCAGAAGCUUUCAUGUUGGAUGGUAACAACAACCUUGAGGAUGACUCCAGUGUGAGUGAAGACCUGGAUGUGGACUGGAGCCUAUUUGAUGGGUUUGCGGAUGGACUAGGAGUUGCUGAAGCCAUUUCUUAUGUGGACCCUCAGUUCCUCACCUACAUGGCACUAGAAGAACGCUUAGCUCAGGCUAUGGAGACUGCGCUGGCACACUUAGAGUCUCUUGCAGUAGACGUCGAGGUGGCUAAUCCACCAGCGAGUAAGGAAAGCAUUGACGGACUUCCAGAAACUCUUGUUCUAGAAGAUCAUACUGCUAUUGGGCAGGAGCAGUGCUGUCCGAUCUGUUGCAGCGAGUACAUUAAGGAUGACAUAGCAACAGAGCUGCCGUGCCAUCAUUUCUUUCAUAAGCCUUGUGUCUCAAUUUGGCUACAGAAGUCGGGAACGUGCCCUGUGUGUCGCCGUCAUUUCCCACCCGCAGUUAUUGAAGCAUCUGCAGCUGCUUCCUCUGAACCUGGUCCUGAUGCCCCACCUGCAAGUGACAACACUGCAGAAGCCCCGUAAACCACAACACUGAAAUGAGAUCUAAAUUCUAUCACAGUAAAUCUGCAAAUUCCUUCUAAGUCUGAUGUGCAAAUAAUUAUAUAUAAAUAUAUUUAAAAUGCUAUAUAUAGUAUAUGCCAUGGUUUAGAAAGAGAAUAUUAACCCUUCUAAACUGAAUUUAGGUUUGCAGAACAUACUAAACAUUUUCAAGCUGAAUGUUGAAGCAGUGCAUCCAUUUUCUUUAGUUGAAUAUGUUGGUGUUCACUGUUCAGUCAGUAGUCAUCUCUGUGUCUGAAGUGCUGCCACUAAGAGAUCAUAAGAAGCUCUCUUUUCCACAUCAGAUGUGAAGACUGUGAUCACAACAGUAGUAAAAUUUGGUUUCAUUGAAAAUAAAUUGAAUUCUAAAGCAUGCUUUUUCACUGGUCCCCUUGCUUUUGCUACAUCGAAACCUCUUGGUUUAUAAUAAUACUGAGAAGGUUAAACUUUCAGAAUGCCAAACAAAGACUAAAAUUUUGACCAGAACACCAAAAUUUACAUCUCAGAUGUAAACCUCCUGAAAUGGUCAUGUAAUAAGAUAUUUAAUGAACAUUGGAUGUGUUUAAAGGCUCGUAAAGCAUGUGAGUAAUCUGAUGUGCUCUAUGCUUGGCACAGGGACAUGUGUGUGGCCUUAUGAAACACUGUCUAAGCCCUUAUCCAGUCUGCUUCUACUCAUUAAGUACUUGAAGGUCCAGAACACUCUUGACAUAUUUGUUUAAGAAGUUGGAUGUAGUUAGGUAAAGGUAGUUUGGUUUCUGAAAUAUUUUAGAAGGUCUGAAGAUUUGCACAUGGUCAUGCCUGUAACUAUAUCAAUCACCCCAAAUGAGAACUGCACAGCUGUAGGCGAUCAC